GAUCAGCACCUAAGAACAAUCUAAGGUGCACCGGAGGGUUUGGAUAACUGAUUUAGUGGCUACCAUCUUUUUUAAAUUUUUUUUUACCCCUUUGGUACGUUCAGAAGUAGUUCUGGAAGGUUUGGCCCAAAGAAGCUUUUAGAUUUGUUUUAACUUAAUUGGAUCACUUGAUAUGACAGGCUUCAUCAUCUGAGGCCUUACAAGAGGUCCAGGUCCUGGCAGGAACGCCACUUUCUCUUUGGGACACUAACAGAAGACACAGUCCUCACCUUCCAUUGGAAAACUACAUCUGAUUAACUCUUAAGAUUAGGAUUUCACCAAAUCACGGCAGAGAUGGAAGCACGGACCUCAUCCACCACCACCACUGUCCUUGAGAGCAAGGGAGGUGAGUCAAGUGCUCCAGCUGCACGAGUGUCCAAACGCACCAUGACAGAUGAACUGUACACCACUUUCAGCUCCCCCGUGGCCUGGGUCCUGGUCCUGGCCCUCAUCAUCACCUGGUCUGCAGUUGCCAUCAUUGUUUUUGACCUUGUGGACACCAAGAGCCUGGAAGCCUAUACAUUAUACUGUGACGACCCCUGUUUACUAUCUGGACCUCAGGCAGCGCGCGCCAGGAAAGCCUUCAAGGAGGCAGGCGGCCUUCGAGGAGGUAUUCAGCAUAUGACCAGAGAACCUGUGAAAGCAGUGCAUGAAGCCUUGGAUGAAUCCAGCAACUGGAUGAAUGCAAUCUUGACCUUUAUGACUAAUUUGGUAGCGCCGGAGGAGGAGGAAGAAGAAGUGGAAUGGCAAGCAGUGAAGAAAAAAGGAGAAUUCCUACCAGCAAGAAAAAAAGUUGCAGCACUGCAGGCGAAAGACAUCAUUGAGAAGGAGGAAGACAAGAAGAAGCAGAUGGAGAAGGAAGAGGAUGAUGAAGAGGAGGAGGAACCUUCUGCAGUACAGCAGGAGAAAACAGAAGCAGAUGAAGAGGAGAAAGCUGAAGAGGAUGAGGAAGAUGAGGAGGCUGACAGAGAUGAGGAUGAGGUUCAAGUCAAGGCAGAAAAAGAGAAAGAAGAGAAAAAAGCAAAGUCUUCCAAAAAGCCUGAGGUAGACACAAAGGACAAGAAGAAGAAAAAAGAAAAAGAAAAAAAGGUAGAAGAGGAAGAGGCAGAAAAACUGGAGAAAGAAAAGCCUGAAGUAGUUACAGUGAAGAAGAAAAAGAAAGAGGGCGCUGACAAAACAAAAAAGGAAAAAACAGAUGUUAAGGAUGUUGCUGAGGAAUGGAGAGCAGCAGAAGAAAAAACAGAUGCAGAAAGAAGACCAGAUGUUGAUGAAGAUGCUGGAGAAGAGGAUAAGGACACUGACAAGAUCUCUGAAUUUGAGGAAGAGAAAAAAGCAGCAACAGAACCUGUUGACAUGGCAACAAAACAAAUAGCAGCAGAACCUGCUGAUGAAGAUGAAGAAGAUAAAGAAACAGACAAGGAAGUCAUCACUGAUGAUGCCACUUCUAGAGUUGUGUCUUCCUCUGAAGAAAGCAAAGAUGAUCAUGAUGAUGAAGAAGAAGAAAAAGAAGCACUUAUAGGUCCAAUAGCUGAUGAAAAAGAUGAAAAAUCUGCUAAAGUCACUGAUGAGAGAAGAGCUGAUGAAAAAGAUGAGAAGGAUGAAGAAGAUCUCAAAGACACAGCUAAAAUGGACGCUGCAGAAGAGAGUGAUGAUGACCAAAAAGACAAAGAUGACCAAAUUGAAGACAAGGUGGAGCAAGAUGCUCUGAAGGCUGAGCAGGAAACCAGAGAUGAUGCAACAAUCAUAUCUACUGCAAAACUAGAAAUUGAUACCAGUAAACUCGAGAAAGAGGAAGUGGUGAAGGAGGCUGAGGUGGAACAAAAGGAGGAAGUAAUAUCUGAAGAUGAGGAAACAUCAAAACCAGUGGUUGAAGAUGAGCCCAAAACAGAGGCAGGCGAGGAGAAAGAAGAAGUCGUCAAAACACUGGAAAAGGAAGAAGCUGAGAAAAAAGAUAAACAGAAAGAGUCUCCCACCUGUGUGUGUAUGCAGCCAGAACACCCCAUACUGCCUCACAUACAAGAUACUAAGCCAAAGGAGGAACAAGAGGACGUUGAUGUUAUAGCCCCACUGCAGGACCUCCCAGCAUGCCGCCCAGCACCGGUGUAUUGCCCAGCUCCACCCGGCUGGUACGUGCAUCACAUAGUCACAGAUAGUCCAUUACCACCGACGCCUGUGAGAGAGGCUCAAUUUGCUGCAAUAGCAACGCAUGCAGUCACGCUUCAAAGACAAAACACUGACCAAGAGAAACCAAAGCAAGCAACCAAAAAGAAAGAGCCUCCUGUGAAGAAGCGAAAAGUAACUCCAAUAAAGAAAGCUACUGUCUCAAAACUGUUGAAAGUAAAGGCACCUGAGGAGAAAGUAAAAACUCAGAAAAGUAAAGGUCGUGUGGUUCCCAAAGAGAAGCUCAGACUGAUCCCCCAAAGGCGAGAAGUACCAAAGCUGACCAAACCCAUCAGAUCAGCUGGACCUGCAAAAAGGAAAGCCAAAGUCAUGGAGAAAGGAAAAGAAGAGAAGAAAGGUGUCAAAGAAUUGAAGCCUACGGUUGAAGCAAAUAUGGCCAGAGCCAUGGCUGUAAAAGGUAAAAGAGAGAGAAGAGCUGCCAGACCAGGUCCUGAGGAGAAAAAACCUGUUAUCAGAUCAGCUCCAGAAGAAAAAGGAACUGAUUUCGAAGAAAAAACAGUUGGUCCACCUGCACCACCUGCAAAAGAAUCCAAAGUUGAAGAAAAUGUUACAGAAGGGAAGAAGCCAGGCAAGAUCCCAUAUUUCCAGUGUGUGCUAGUAGGUGGAAAAGCCAGCCAGUAUCCUUUGCGUCCGUUAGCUCCUGCUACGACUCCUGCUAUUAACCCAGCCAUGAUGAGGGCCAUGAUGGAGCAGAGAGCCAGCGUGAUGGAGCAGAAAUCCCGGCCAGCAGAGCAGUAAAAUAAGGAAAAAAGAAAGAAAGGCAGAAUUUUGUGAAAUUCUAAGCUGCUGCUGCUGCUCUUACACUGCUGCUAGUUUCUUUAUCAAUCUGCUGUAAUGCUUACCAAGACUAAACAC